GAUUGACGACGUAUUAUGGAGAAAAUACGUAAUUUAAAUUGUUUAACGAUGGAAAAAGCAAACGAUAACUCAAAAAAACUAACAGAAUAUUCCAACUCUUCUGUUGUAUCCUUCUCUGAAGAUGUGGCUAAUGAACAGCUUUCACAAAGGAAACGCAAUACGCCAUCUCGAUAUUGGGAUUAUCAGUCCUGGUCUUCCAGUAGUAAUGAUGAAUGUAAUUUGGAUGAUUUGUACAGUUCACUUAAUGAUUGUGAUUCCACAUUAUCUCAAGAUAUUAUUUCAGUUAAAAAAGAUGAAGAAUCUGAAGAUUUUAAAUGCUCAAUAUGCAGCAAAACUUUUGCUUUGAAAGGAAGUUUAAAAGCCCAUUUCCACAUACAUAAUGGAACUAAACGAUUCAUUUGUUCUAUUUGUAAUAAAGGAUUUAAAAGUAAAGAUGGAAUGCUUCGCCAUAAAAUUACUCACUCAGGAGCAAAACCUUUCCCUUGUGACAUUUGCAAGCAGAGUUUUUCAAGUUCCGUCUCUCUGAGAGAACACAAAGCAAGACAUAGCAAUCAAAAAUUAUACGAAUGUAGUAUUUGUUCAAAGAGCUUUCGUCAGAAUAGUUGCUUUAGAAGACAUUUAACAAUACAUUCUGGUGAGAUGCCCUUUGAAUGUAAAUUGUGUAAAAGAAGAUUUUCUCAAGCAGUUUAUCUUCGUUCACAUAUGUUGAAACAUACUGGUGAGCGACCACAUUCUUGUCAAAUAUGUGGAAAAUCAUUUGCUCAUAAAUCCGAUCUCAAAAGACAUAAAAUUCUUCAUACGGGAGAACGACCAUAUAAAUGCGAGAUUUGCCACGCGUCGUUUGCCGACUGCUCCAGCAAACGUCGUCACGAAAGAGAUCACGAGGGAACAAAAUCAUUUCUCUGCCAGUCGUGCGGUGAAACAUUUAAACGUGCUGCCCAACUGAGAAGUCAUUUUACGAGAAAGCAUAAUUCUGUCAGAGAUAAAAAAUGUAAUACUAGUGCAUCGGCAUUUCCAACUACCGAUAAUUUUUCAUUUGAAGCAUCUCUAGAACCCGAAAACCAAUUAAUAAGUGAAUCGGUAAAAUCCGUUUCAAAUAUAAUUUCACAACAAACUUUUAUUCAAGAUACCUCAGGAAUUUCAACCGAACAGUGUAGGGAUAAAAUAACUGAAAAUCCCAAUACCACAACAGUAUUAAUUUCAUCACCACCAUCAUCCAUCACAAACUCAGAUAAAUCUGCAAUUGAUACCAAUCCAACAACUGUUUUACAAAUGUUUAGUUCUGUAGAUGUGUCUAAUAUUCUAUCAAAUAAUUUAAAAUAUGUUACAGAAGUAUCCGACGGCACAAAAUCCACAGGACAAGAAACACUUUUAGAUACACCUAAUCCCGAUCAUAUAGAUUAUGUAAUAUAUCCUGACUUCAACAGUCAAGAUUACUAUAAUUGGUUAUCUAGUUUUACUUCUGUCUGCAAACUUUUACUCUUACCAGUAGACACAGAUAUUUUUACUAAAAUUAGUCAGGUUCACAAAUCUAUUACAGACGUUUUAGCAUCUCCAUCUGGCAUUCUUUCUAAUAAAGAUAAUUUUAAAAUAUUAAUGAGUAUUUCAAAUGAUUUGCAUCAAGUUAUUAAUAGUCAUCUCAAUUAUAUUUUGGAGCAAUUAUGAUAUUUCUGUAUCAAAAAAAUUUUAAUGUUGUUUUAGAAAUUAAAUUUAAUCAUACAUAAAAUUUUAAGAAAGUAUGUUAGAAAUUGUUGUACAUGGUCAAACAUUGUUGAAAUUUGCUAUAGUUUACUAAAUAUUUUACUAAAAGAAAAUAAUCUAUUUUAAAACUCAAUUUAUUUUUAUAAACCUAUUUGACUGAAUGUUGAGUAAUGAUUAAUACAUUUUUGUGAAAAUAACCUCUCAGGUUAGUAGAAACAUUUUAGAUUUAUGUUUAAUCUAUGUUAAAAUAAAUGAUUUCUUAAUCUGUCAAAGCUUCUCAAUCAUUACAAUUACAGGUAUACCUCGACUUACAUCGUUUCGAGUUACGUCGUUCCCGAUUAUACGUCGUCUGUCAAAAAUGUAUACGAAACAAUAAAAAUCAAGUUUAAGUCAUUUUAUUCGACUUUAUGUCUGUCCGCCACAAAUAUUGAAGUCGUAAUAUCACUAGAAAAGCGUUUAAAGCACAUAAAAUCAUAUUAAAAUAUACACAUUUACAAGUAUGUACUGUAUUUACAGUACACUUCUCUUCCCACUAUUCUAUCUCACUUUGUUUCUUCUUCCAUCUUUUCUUCCUAUCCUAACUUCUUCUUUCGUUCUUCCAACAGGGCAUAAGUCCGCCGCUAUUUGUGGACAGCCCUCUAACCCCUUUCAACAA